AUGACAUAUGAAAAUUUGUUAGUAGAGUUUGUGUUAGUAAUAUCACUAUAUUUUUUGCCCGUUUGGCAAUACAUUGACCGCUGGUUGACAUUCAAUCUGGACAUCGAUCGCAAUACCUCAGAAAUUAUUAAAUCACGUGGUUUUCAAUCGGAAACACAUUAUGUCCAGACAGUCGACGGUUAUGUCUUGACAGUCAUACGUAUUGUUAAUCCUUAUGUCAGAAAACGGUUGCUAUUAAAACCAGUACUAUUACAACACGGUUUUAUGGGCAAUUCAGAUGCAUGGCUUUUAGCAUCUAUGGGACAGUUGACCGUGGGCAAUAGUUUAGGAUUUGUUUUGGCCGCCAAUGGCUUUGAUGUUUGGUUGGCUAAUAUGCGUGGAAAUCGAUAUUCAUUAAAUCACAUACGCUUAUCAAUUUUCUCAAAGUUUUGGCGCUUUUCUAUCGAUGAGAUGAUUGAAUACGAUUUGCCGGCAAUGAUAGAGUACAUCAAAAAACAAACAAAAAAAGAUCAAAUUGGCUAUAUUGGCCAUUCCCAGGGCACUUACAUGAUGUUCGCAUUGUUGGCAACACAACCGCACUAUGCAAACACUAUUAAGCCAUUUAUUGCCUUAUCUCCCGUUCCCUAUUUAGGCAAUGCAACAUCAUUGUUGCUCAAUUUAGGACAGUAUGUCUACCCGCUUCUCAGGAGAUUUGAGUUUCCAUUUCUAUUAAUUGAGAGACCAUUGAAAUUUUAUGCCAAACUAUGCGACACUACCUACUGGGCUCAGGUAGUCUGUUAUCGGAUAUUCUAUUUGAUUCUUGGCUUUCAAAGUUCUCAAUGGAAUAUGACAAGGACAGGGGUCUACAUAUCACAAGUACCUUCCGGCUCCAGUAGCUGGAAUACCGCCCAUUUGAUACAAUCGUUCUUAGCUAACCGUCCCGAACGAUACAAUCACUGGGACUCGCGGGACAAUGAGCGCCGAUAUAACUCAUCCGUACCGUUGGCCUACGAUAUGGAAGCCAUAAACUCGACCGAUAUUGCGCUCAUCUAUGCGGCCAACGAUUGGCUCAAUCAUCUCGACGACGUCCGCCUAUUGAAAGAUCAUCUAAAAGUUAAAUUAUUGGACGAUUAUUUAGUACCCGAUAGCACUUGGAAUCAUUGUGAACUUGUAAUGGGUACCGGUGCUGGACAGUAUGUAAAUGUACGGGUGCUCGACUUGUUAGCUAAAUAUUUAAAUUAA